CUACAAGCCCAGCGCAGGAGAGUCAUCAUCUGGGUCUUCCCAUGCAGUGAUGGAUAUCUCUUUGCCCACUGGAAUCAGUGCGAACGAAGAAGACUUAAGAGAUCUUGUAGAAAGGGUGGAUCAGCUAUUAACUGAUUACCAAAUCAAAGAUGGACAUGUUAUUCUGCAACUGAAUUCGAUUCCCUCCAGUGAUUUCCUUUGUGUUCGAUUCCGGAUAUUUGAACUUUUUCAAGUUGGGUUUCUGAGUCCUGCUACUUUUACAGUGUAUGAAUACCACAGACCAGAUAAACAGUGCACCAUGUUUUACAGCACUUCUCCUACUGAACUUGACAAAGUCUGUGAAGGGACGGUGUGCAAGUGUGUAGAAGCUGACUGUGGGCAAAUGCAGGAAGAAUUGGAUCUGACAAUUUCUGCAGAUACUAGAAAAGAAACAGCAUGUAAACCAGAGAUAGCAUAUGCUUAUAAAGUUAGCAUCACAUCCAUCACUAAAGAAAAUGUCUUUGUCAAGUACACUGCAACUCUUCUGGAUAUCUACAAAACUGCCCUUCCUGCGGGCGCCCGGGACACCCCUGGGCUCGUUCACCCCCGAACAGUCACGGGCGCUGCUCUGCUCCCGGAGCUGCGCUCGAAAUUGCAGAUGGGGCGGUGGCGAGGCGACGGUCCCCUGCCCUCGGGGGGCACACGGACGGGGCUGGGGGGCACAGAGAAGCAACCGAGCAUCAGAGAGCGGAGCGACAGGGGGCUGGCGGGGCGCGAUGGCAUCGCAAAACGGGGCGCCCAAGCCCAUCCUGGGGGCGGCCCACGGAGACUUCCAGGGGAAGCGGGGUCGGGCCCAGGUAGCCCCCAGGGGCAAGCGGGACGCCGGGGAGACAGGGGCACGCAGCGCGGAGAGGCUCGGCGCAGAGGCGGGUGGGUGGAGCCACGGACACGGGGCCCGUGGAGGUUCAGGGUGGAGAAGCGGGUGAAGGAGACCAUUAUGGAGCAGCCAGAGGGGAACUUGCUCCCGAGGCGGGUAAAGGGGGUGCGGGAAGCCAAGGGAAGGAAGGGCUACGAGCCAGGUGAGAGUGGAGGUCCUGAUUUAUACUCAGAUGUAGGGUCCCAGGCCCUCUUUGCCAGCAGUCCCUGGUAG